UGAUACUGUAACAUUCUCUUCCAAAUCUCAUCUCAUUAUCCCAUUGAUAUCCCAAUUUCCCUCAUCAAAUUUCUUAAACCUUUCUGAUGAUCAGUGCUUCCUUUUCUGGUUGAAUCGAAUCAUCUGGAGCUAAACAUCUUGCAACUUCCUUGUUAUUUUUAAACCAUAUAUUCUUCUCUGUUCUUGUUUUUCUUCCUGAAUACUACUUGAGCAAACCAGCACUUGAAGAACAACUUGAAUCCAGGACAAAAUGGGUAGAUCAGACGAUCCGUUUUGGAAUGAAGUUAAAGAUAUGAAUGAUGGAACCAUGAAGUGUAAGUUUUGUGGGCAUUUAUUUGCCAAUGGUACUUCCAUUUCGAGGAUCAAAUGGCAUUUAUCGGGAGAGAGAGGGCAUGGUGUUGGCAUUUGUUGUCAGGUGCCUAAAGAAGUUCAAGAAGCAGCCUCUCUAGCUAUGCAUGUUGGCAACAGAAGACAUAAAAGCAUAGCAAGUUCAAGCAAUGUUAAUGAUUAUGCCAUUUCCACCUGUCCACAAGAACAAGACAAUGCAGUACCUGGUAAUUUGGCACAAGUUGUUGGGCCAAAGAGAAUUCAUUCGCGUUUAGAAGCGACAAAAGGCAUGGAAUACUCUGGUGAAGGAUCUUUUCGGCAUGUUGACAGAAGUGUCUCUCCUUGGAGACUCAGAGUUGAUGCUCAUGAGAAUAGAGGAGAAACAACACCAGGAACAGAUUUAGUGGAUCAAUUUGCUGAUGGUACUUGGGUUCAGAUACACUCUGCCCUUUCAAAGGAGCAGAAGCUGAAUGCAAUCUCUACCUAUUUAAUGCUGGAAGAGGAGGAUGUGGAGCGUCUGCAUGAUGGAUUUGAAACUAUACCGAGAACAGAACAAAUGCAGCAUCUGGAGAGAGUUAUCUCUUGUGAGAGGCCAUCAAUUAAUCAAGCUGAUGAGCCUCGAGGAGAUUCAUCCCAACCAACAGAUCCAUUGUGUCUUGACCAUGGAAGAUAUUAUCAUCAACUCUGUGCACCUUCACUAAGCAAAGAUGUCAUUAUGUAUGAUGUGCAGAACAUGGUUAGAGCGAGGACAGAACCAGUAGAGGAGGAGGGUGUGGAGAAUUGUGGAAGAUUAGUGCAACAUGGCGCAGGAGCUAGAUCUUCUAGAUGUCUUAAAUACAACACAAGUGAGACUAGAGGAGUUCCAUUACCUACUAGCUCUAAAAAGCUAGUGGGUCGAGCAUUUGAAGAGAAUAUGAAGGUGAUAUGGUCUUUGUUAAUGGAUGAUGAAGUCUCAAUUAUUGGCAUUUACGGGAUGAGGGGAGUUGGUAAAACAACAAUACUGCAACAUAUCCAUAAUGAGCUUCUACGAAGACUAGACAUUUGUGAUAAUGUUUGGUGGGUGACUGUGUCUCAAGAUUUCAGCAUUAAUACAUUGCAAAAUCUUAUUGCUAAACGUCUUGAUCUAGAAUUUUCAAGGGAAGUUGAUGAUCUGCAUAGAGCUGCCAAAUUAUCAGAAGAACUAAUGAAGAAACAAAAAUAGAUUCUCAUUUUAGAUGAUUUGUAGAACAAUUUUGAGCUUGAUAAAGUGGGAAUUCCUGUCUCGUUGAAAGGAUGCAAGCUGAUUAUAAUAACUCGAUCAGAAAUGGUUUGUCAUUGGAUGGCUUGCCACUGCAAAAUCAAGGUGAAGCCACUUUCUGAGGGAGAAGCUUGGACUUUGUUCGUGGAGAAACUUGGAUGUGGUAUAACACUUUCACCAGAAGUGGAAGGAAUUGUGAAAGUUGUUGCAAGGGAAUGUGCUGGUUUAGCAUUGGGAAUUAUUAUAGUGGCAAGAAGCUUGAGGGGAGUGAAUGACCUACAUGAGUGGAGAAAUACAUUGAAGAAAUUGAGAGAAUCAGAAUUUAGGAACACGAAAGUAUUCAAGUUAUUGAGGUUUAGUUAUGAUCGGUUAGGUGAUUUAGCACUACAACAAUGUCUCUUGUACUGUUCAUUAUUUAUUGAAGAUUAUAUGAUUGAAAGGGAGGAGUUGAUAAAUUAUUUGAUCGACGAGGGAAUAAUUAAAGGAAAGAGGAGAAGGGAAGAUGCAUUUGAUGAGGGCCACACGAUGCUUAAUAGACUUGAAUAUGUCUGCCUAUUGGAAUGUGCUCAAAUGGAUUAUGAUGAUAGUAGACGUGUCAAGAUACAUGACUUGAUUAGGGACAUGACCAUCUAAAUAUUGCUAGAGAACUCUCAAUACAAGGUUAAAGCAGGUGCACAAUUAAAAGAGUUGCCAGAUGCAGAGGAGUGGACGGAGAAUCUGACGAGAGUUUCACUAAUGCAAAACGAGAUCGAAGAAAUUCCUUCCAGCCAUUCACCAAUGUGUCCAAAUCUGUCCACUCUAUUUCUAUGUGAUAAUAAAGGGUUGGGAUUUGUUGCGGAUUCAUUUUUCAAGCAAUUGCAUGGGCUCAUGGUCCUUAAUCUGUCUCGCACAGGUAUUAAAAAUUUGCCAGACUCUGUCUCUGAUUUGGUGAGUCUCACUGCAUUAUUGCUUAACUAUUGUUCGAACUUAAGACAUGUUCCAUCAUUAAAGAAGCUCAGGGCACUGAAGAGGUUGGAUCUCUCUCGUACUACUCUUGAAAAGAUGCCGCAAGGAAUGGAAUGCCUCACCAACCUAAGGUAUCUUAGAAUGAAUGGAUGUGGUGAAAAUGAGUUUCCUAGUGGGAUAUUACCAAAACUCUCUCACCUGCAAGUCUUUGUACUAGACGAAUAUUAUCGUUCGAUAACAGUUAAAGUAAGGGAAGUAGUAUCCUUGAGAAAUUUGGAAACUUUGGAAUGCCAUUUCAAAGGUCUCUCUGACUUCGUGGAGUAUCUCAGAUCUCGGGAUAAGACCCAAUCAUUAAGCACAUACAGAAUUUUAGUAGGAAUGGUGGAUGAAGAUUUUUGGCAAUACAGUGAUUAUUCUCCAAGUAAAACAGUUGGGUUGGGUAAUUUGAGUAUCAACAGAGAUAGAGAUUUUCAAGUCAAGUUCUUAAAUGACAUUCAAGAACUGGUUUGUGAAAGCAUCGAUGCAAGAAGUUUAUGUGAUGUUCUGUCAUUAGAGAAUGCACCUGAAUUGGUGGUUAUCCAAAUUUACGAUUGCGAUAGCAUGGAGAGCUUGGUUUCAUCUUCUUGGUUCUGCUCUGCUCCACCACCAUUGCCAUCAUAUAAUGGUAUGUUUUCUAGUCUUAAAGAGUUUUAUUGUAGUGGAUGUAAGAGUAUGAAGAAGCUGUUCCCGCUUGUGCUGCUGCCAAACCUCGUAAACCUGGAAAGGAUUGAAGUGAUGCUCUGUAAGAAAAUGGAGGAGAUAAUAGGAACAGAUGAAGAAAGCACCACCUCCAAUUCCAUCACGGGAUUCAUUCUCCCAAAGUUAAGAACUCUGAGAUUGAGAUAUUUACCAGAACUUAAAAGCAUUUGUAGUGCAAAACUGAUUUGCAAUUCUCUUGAAGAUAUUACUGUAACGUUUUCUAAGAAGCUGAAGAGGAUGCCAAUUUGUCUUCCGUUGCUUGAAAAUGGCCAGCCAUCUCCUCCCCUUUCUCCAAGAAUAAUGUAUAUAGAACCAAAAGAAUGGUGGGAGACAGUAAUGGAGUGGGAGCAUCCUAAUGCAAAGGAUGUCCUUCGUCCCUUUGUAAAGUUUGGGUUAGUUUGAGGAGCCAUCUCAUCCUUUCGUUAAUCCUUUCGUUGUAAGAAUACUAAUUGAUUGUAACCUUAAAUUUGCUCAUAUUCAAUAAUAUUCAAUUCUUUCAAUCA